CCGUGCUGUCAAUUUUUUUCAAUACGAUUUAAUAAAAAUAUAUGAAAACAUAGAUAAAUUUAAACCAUACACGUCGAAAGUGUGGCUCAAUUGCGCAAUUAGCAAAUAAGCUAGAUGUGUAAAAGCGCGAUGCAACAGCUUAUAGAACCCGAAGUGUAUGUUAUUGAAUUGUGUCAGUGAUUUUUGGGAUAGAAAGUGACCCGAGAGUAGGAGUGUAGUGCAAAGGGGGUAGGAGCGAUCAUGCACGAUGUUGGAGGGACUGGUGGCUUGGGUCUUGAACAAUUACUUGGGGAAGUAUGUGGAGAAUCUCAAUACAGACCAGCUCAGUGUUGCGCUGCUCUCAGGGAAGGUAGAACUCGAGAACCUCCCUCUAAAGAAGGAUGCUCUCCGCCACCUGGGGCUGCCAGUGGAAGUCCGUGCUGGUUUUAUUGGCAAGGUGCAACUGCAGGUUCCAGUGAGACAGAUCCGCUCUGCACCAUGGCUGAUUGCUAUCGAGAAUUUGUACCUUGUAGCUGCGCCUGUCAAUUUGGAUGAGUGGGACAGCGCAACCGAAGCACAUUAUGCGCACGAGCGCAAGGUGGCGCUGCUGGACGCGCUGGAGGCGCAAUGGCGCGCGGCGCAAGAGGCCAUGUCGGCAGACGCGUCAUAUUACGCGUCGUCUUAUUCCUCCUGGCUUAGCUACGGCACUGGGUUCCUGGCCAAUAUUGUGGAGAACUUGCAGUUGAAGCUCCACGACGUCCACAUCCGCUAUGAGGACGCCGUCACCUGUUCCCCCCACGCCUUCGCCUGCGGACUCACCGCCGCCGCCCUCUCCGCUGAAUCCUGCGACGCGGGCUGGAAGCGCGGCUUCACAUUACUACCGGCGACUGGCGACGGCUGUUCCUUCAAGCUGCUGGAGCUGCAGCGGUUGGCGGUGUACUGGGACGUCAUGCCGCCGAACGAGAUGAUGGCGGACUGUUCCAUGACCGAGCUCACGGAACGCAUGUCCCAAACAUGGCUCGGCACCCACCAAUGGCUGCUAGCGCCGGCGACGGCGACGGCGCGCGUGCGCCGCGAGCGGACCGAGCAGCCGCUGCGCUCGCGCACCCGGCCGAGGCUCACCGCGCACUUAACGCUCGACACCGUGCUGCUCAAUCUUACACAGAGGCAAUACAGCGAAGCGGUGGGCUGCUCUCUAGGCCUAGAGCGUGUAGCACGCCUGCGCGAGUUUCGCUCCCUCCGCCCCGCCGUCCCCGUGCGGCAGGGGGCGCGCCUCUGGUGGCUGUACGCGCUGCGGUGCCACUACCCCGAGCACACCUGGAUGGAGCCAGCGCCGACGUGGGGAUCAUGCUUAACGCAAGCGCGAGCAGCGCGGCAAUACGUUGAAAUCUGUCUCAGUUUGCUAUCCAACCCCGCUGCCACCCUACCGCCAGAUAAAAAGGCGGCGAAAGAUGAGUUCGAGUGGAAGACCCCUCUGCAUUUACUCAAGCCGCUGAGAGAGAUUGCAAUGCGAAAAGUCCCCCUCGCAACUCCAGUGUCCACCCCCGACAAGCCCGGCGCCCCCGGUCGCUCCAUGCUCGUGCAAUGGUUCCCGCAAUGGUGGGGCUGGUACGGCUCGGCGCCCGGGCCCGGCGCCCCGGAGCCCGGCCCCGACGCCCCUGAGCCCGCGCCGGCGCCCGGCGCAAGCGCGCCAGCUGGCGCCCCGCCGGGUGCCCAAGCCCCCGCCCCGCCAGAUUUAGAGGAGGAGAUAUUGGAUGUAAUCGCCGACUCGCUGGAGAAUAAUACGAUGUUGAAGAGGGAUACCGUGUUUGGCAAGUUUGAGUUCGUGCUGAAUAAGGGGUGCUUGAAUUUGUGUAUGGAAUCGGAAGAUGGUUCAGAAGCGGCCGUGGGGCUUGAACUCCAAUUCAGCGCCGUUGCCGUCGGGCUAGAGUCCCGCGUACGCGCCGGUUCUCACGCCCUCCACGUAUCUCUAGGUGGAGUGUCACUUCGAGAACGCAUCACCCCCGGAUCUUUGUUCCCUGUGCUGGUCGCGCCGGCACCGCUCGGUACAAGAAGCAGUGUGGGCAGACAGACUGAACAGGAGCCGCUCUUCCAACUGCUGUAUGAAAAGAGGCCAUUUGGAUUGAAUGCGGAUUAUAAGUUGUGGGUGAAGUCGGCGCCGCUGGAGGUGGUGUACUGCUCGGCGGCGGCGCGCUGGGCGCAGCAGUUCGUGGCCGCGCCGUGGGGCUCCGCGCGGCCCUACGUGGCCGUGCGCGACCACACGCGCGCCAAGCUCAUCACGCAGUGGGAGCACAUGCUGCACCCCAGUGUGGGCGAGCGAAGAUCCUGGCAGGUGGAAUUAGACAUCUCAGCCCCUCAGAUCUUAUUCGUCGAAUCACUAACUGAUCGAGAUUCGUCGGUGCUCGUGUUGGACUUCGGUCGGCUUCGGUUGGCAAACGCAGACGCGAUAGACCCUGUGCCGGAUAGUGGGAGCGUGGAUGAUGAGGAAAUGUUCAUGACGCCAUGUUCCACACCGCCGGGCAGCCUACUGUCGCCCGCGUCGCCGCCCGAACCCCCGGCGGUGACUCCCGCGCAGCCUGGAUUACUCGCCAUGCGUUUACACAAUCGAUUGUACGAUAGAUACACGAUAGAGUUCAGCGACCUCCAGAUCCUGGUGGGGCGCGCGCGGGACAACUGGAAGUACGCGCAUGCGAAAACCACGUCGUCGCUGCAUCUGCUGGACAGGUUUAGCAUAUCACUGCAAGCGGAGCGUCGCGUAGUGCACACAACGGACCCACAAUAUCCCACGGCUACCCUCUGCGGGACAUUACCCGCCCUGGUGGUGCAUCUCAGUGAACAGAAGGUUUUUGCUGUGAGAUCCGUCAUCGCGAGCUCACCAUUAUUUGCUACUGAUGCGUCCCGUAGCGAUAGAACCGAAGGCUCAGGCACCGAUGAACCCGACGGUGUAUCUGAGAGCAGCGAGAGUUCCGACAGGGAACCUUCGUCGCACUCCUCGCACAAACAUGCUACGCUCUUCAUGCUCCAGUUUGCUAUUGACCAGAUGUCUCUAGAGGUACAAUCCCGCGGCCGCAGCAUCGCCGAAGUCCAAGUAUGCGGGGUCAAAGCAACGGCCACGGCGCGACCUUCAGAGCUGGCGCUAGCGCUGUCCGUACACUCGCUGCUGCUGGUGGACGCGCUGCAGACCUACGGGGCAGACUUCGAGCUGCUGGUCGCGAGCCACAAGCACGUGGGGAUGGACACGGCGUCGGGCAGCAUCCUCGGCUCGGAGCCCACGUCGCCCACGUCCCCGACGUCGCCCGACGCGCGCGCGCCGCCGCCGCACGCGCUGCAGGCCGCGCUGUAUUCACUCACCGGCAAGAAUCCCCCGGAAGCAGACCGCACCAGCCCCGGUCCGACCUGGCCACCCAUCACCAGCUGGAACACCAGCAACACCGCCUGGGGCUCCACCAGCAACUGGAACCCCAGUAACUUGCAACCUUACAAUACUGGAACAACUAACUGGAGCGGGAACUGGGGCGGGGCGGUAGACUCCGAAGCGCUGAUAGCGGUGGAGCUGACGCUGGUGAAGGGAGAGAAUGGCUCCGAGGACUUGAGGAUAGCAAAUAUAUUGUUCAACAAUUUGGAUAUCAUUGCGAACCAGGAAACUAUAGUGGAGUUGAUCGGCUUCACACAGCGGGUAUUUGGCAGCAGUGGGGCGAAAAAAGCUGAGCCAGCGGAGCCCCCCAAACCUACGCCCUCCACUGAAGAUGAGGUCAAGGAGGUGCGAACGGAAAUCACCUUCGACUUCCACCGUCUGGGCGUGCUUUUGUUGCGGGCGGCGGUGCAUGAUGGCGCCGUGGUCGCCAAGAAGAUCGCUACAGCCACCGUCAGCGAGGCGCGCAUACAAGCCACCGUCGAUGCGUCCCGCGUGGAAGUAGACGGGUCCCUCGGCGGCGUGCAAGUGGUGUCCCUGUGCGAGGGCGCGGGGCUCCACACUCGAGUGUUAAGCGCCGGCCGCGCGCCCGCGCACGCGCCCUCCGCGCACGCGCAGCCCGACCAGCGCGCGCUGCUCUUCACCAUCACCCGGCGGGUCACUGCAGACGUAACAGGUGUGGAAGCUUCAGUGGCACUACACGUCGCCAGCGUAUGGGUGACACAUUCAAGUGCCUUACUACGAGAGCUUCGCUCCUGCCUCACAGAAUUCAAGCAAUACCUCGCUAACCUAGCCCGCUCGAUCCGCGCCGCUGCCCACGACAUGGCCGUCGGACUCGUAGCCAGGGGUGACACGCUGUACGCAAACCCGAAGAUUUCGAAUUCAAUGGAGGGUGUAUCGCCGCGUCGUCGCACCACUAGUUUAGGAUACUCUAUUGACGAGCCAGCCGAGGAAAUCAAUCUCACAGUAAACAUCGAACUGGAAUCCCCAGUGGUGGUUGUCCCCCGAUCAGCCUUAUCCCCACAUGUGUUCGUGGCCCACCUCGGCCGCAUGAGCCUCGCCAACCGGCCGCGCGGGCUCCGCGCCGCCUACCGCGUGCGCGUCACCGACAUCUCGCUCGCGUCCGUGGACGUGAGCUCUAAACUAAAGCAGACAACACUCAGCGCCGAAAGCAUGCCGUCGAUUUACGACGCCGGCGGCGGCAAGCCUGUGUUACACAACACAGCGCUACAGCUAGCUGUGCAUUAUGGGCACCUCGAGCCGAAUGCUGAGCCACAGUGCGAAGUGACCGGUCAAGUGGUGGGCGGUCUCCACGUCUCAGCGCGUCGCGAACAAUAUGAGCAGCUAUUAGACACGAUAAGAUAUCUCAGCGCCGCUGACGAGCCUGCACCCGCGCCUAUGCCUACCCAACAGUAUCAUCAGGAGUCGAUGUCAGUCCAAGAGAUGGAGCCAGCAGUGCCAACAUUACGGCUGGACCCCGCCCUCCGCGCCGCCGCGCUCGCCGCCCCGCCCCCGCGCGCCGCGCCGCCGCCGCUCCCGCUGCGCCCGCAGCACGUGCCCCUCUCAGCACGUGCCCCUCUCAGGUACACACACACACACACACACACAACGUUACGGCUGGACCCCGCCCUCCGCGCCGCCGCGCUCGCCGCCCCGCCCCCGCGCGCCGCGCCGCCGCCGCGCCCGCUGCGCCCGCAGCACGUGCCGCUCUCAGUGCAUUUCGAGUUGUCAUCGUUCACUGUGGAGCUGCGUGCCGAUCUCGGCCGCGGUGAGCGCAGUUUAGUACAACUGGCGUUCCGAGAGUUCGCUGUGCGCCUGCGCAGACCGCGCCCGCACGAAUCUGACCUACACGUAUCUCUCCACUCCGUAACAAUGGAGGAUUUGACACAAGACCCGGAAUCCAAGCACCGGAUGCUGCUCGUGUCGCACGCGCCGCACGUGCCCGCCAAGGCCGUGUUCGUGUCCAAGUCGUGUCCCGACUUCGGCCGUGCGCCGCCCGCCGCGCGCACCAUGUCGCUGCCGAGCGGCCUGAAUGUAGACAGAGAGUAUCACCGCACCAAACGUGACAGCAAAUGUGGCCCCACCCCACCCUGCUCACCCGAGCUCGGCGUCGCAGUCGAGACGGAGACAGCGGACGCCGAAGCGGAGGCGGACGCGGAGGAGGGCGCGGGCGACGGACUUGUCAACGUGACCGUGCGGAUACGAGACCCGCAGCAUUCGAACUUUCACGAUCUGUAUAAUCGGAUAUCCCGCCAUACUCGAGUCCGCUUCAACUGCCUAAAGUUAGUAGUCAGCAUAGACAGUUGGGUGGCGGUGUUGGACUUUUUUGGCGUAGCCGGGGAAGACGCGGACGAAAUAUCGGAGCCUCAGCCUAGCGCAGAAACCAGCGUAUCAACAUCCGAACAAUCACCCGAAGAAGGCACAACGCAAACGGAAAUGUCCAUCCGGUCUCUCAGCGUGGUCCUCGUGGGUGCGCGCGGAGAAGUCUGCUCGGCGCGCGCUGUGCGGGUGCGCGCUAACGCGCAAGCGCACGCUUCUGCGCAUACGCGGUCUUUACGCGUGGCCGUGGGCGGGCUGCACUUGGCGGAUCUGACGCCGCGUGCGCCGCUGUGGAGGGAUAGGCUGAGGACGCAUGGGGAUAAGGCGCUCGAGAUAUUGUAUUCGAGACUCAGCGCGACAGAAGCGGCGGAAGCCGGUUACGAAACGUCCGUCACCGUGGCUCUUGGUCCAGCAACAUAUGUGCAUACAAAGAGGUUCAUACACGAGCUGUAUGCGUUCGCGCACGACUUCCGACAGCUGCGGCGCGUCAUCGUGCAAGCGAGACAGAAGGUAUCAGUAUCAGUCGGCGUGUCACCAACAAGCCGUCAGCGUCUGUCCGUGCGCUGCAUCUCCCCCGUCAUCGUGCUGCCCGUGUCCGGCCGGAGCCGCGGCGCACUCCGCGCCGAGCUGACGGAGCUCACCAUAGACAACUGCUUUAGGAAGGCGGGGGAUGCUGACACUGUCAGCACGAGGACAGAUCCUGACGCUGGCUACCUCGAGGUCCUGGACGUGCGCUCGAUCCGGCUGGAGCAGCUGAGCGUGUGGUGCGCGCGCGGCGGGCGCGGGCUGCGCGUGCGCCGCCGCGGCGCGCCGCUGCUGUCCGCGCCGGCGCGCCUGCUGCUGCGCGCCGAGCGCAACCUCAGCGACACGCACAACGUCCCGGACAUGACCGUGCAGGGCACGUUAGCGACGUUACAAUGCGCGCUGGACCCUGCGCAGUACAGAUUAGUGCGGGGCGUGUUAACACACAACCUGGGCGAAUGUGUGGCCGACCUGCCCCCACACGUCCCGCUCCCGGCCACGACGGCACCGCACCAUGAACAGGUGUGGACAACAUCAUCGAUCAAGCUGGACCUCCUGGAUGUUACUGUUGAAUUGGAGCCAGAGCAUGGCGUCUCCUCGUUGGCUUGCAUCAACUUCAUCAAGUCCCGUCUGCUGCUUGAGACGUACUCCGACCUGAGCCAGGAUAUCGACCUGGUUUCUCAGGAGAUCCUCGUGAGCGACACGCGCUACGUGAACGAGCCGGCCAACAGGCGAGGCAACGUGUUCACGCACAUCGUGCAGCCCAUGGCGGACCAUCGCCACAGCGUGCAGGCUGAAGUUCACGCGAGAAAACGCGGCGAUUCAUCAGCGUACACGAUAUUAGUGAACAACAUGCGACUGAUGGCCAUUCUGGAUUGGUGGGAAGCGGCGAACCAGUUCAUCAUGCAACUACCUUUGCCACCUUGCGACCCUGACCAGCAGCAUUUAGAAGAGGCUCUGUCCGCAUCGCUAAGACAAAUGGGAGCAGUUGGUACCGCCGGUACAGGCCACGAUGGACAAGUGGAGCUCAAGCUGAACGUCACAGACUCGCAGCUGGUACUGGUUGAGGACGCGUCCAUAUGGGACACCAACGCUGUGAUACUCAAGAGUACGACGGUGAUCACAUACCGCGUCGCGGACGCAGCGAAGCCUGUAUCCUGCGAGCUGAACGAGCUAGAAGUGUUCUCCUGCGUGCUCGGGCUGGAGGAGGAGACCGCGCUCGCUAUCGUCGACCCCGCCGCGCUCACGGUCGCGCUGCACAAGGACCGCUCGCUACACAUAUCAACGGGCACGUUGAACCUGCGAUUGUCGUACCACGACAUGCGCAUGUUCGCGUCGAUGAUACAGUCGCUACCGGCGCAAGUCCGCGCUGCUUUGUCAGGAAAAACAGAGGAGGAAACAGUAGAGGCAGAUGCACCAGCGAACAGUUUACACAUGCGGGCCGGCGCGGGCGCGGGCGCUCGUCUGCUGGCGCCGCGCUGGCUGCCGCUGCGCGCGCCGCCGCCGCAGCCCUCCGCCUUUACACAUGCGGGCCGGCGCGGGCGCGGGCGCGGGCGCGCGUCUGCUGGCGCCGCGCUGGCUGCCGCUGCGCGCGCCGCCGCCGCAGCCCUCCGCCGUGUGGCCGCUGCGGGCCGUGCAGGUAUAGUUUACACAUGCGGGCCGGCGCGGGCGCUCGCCUGCUGGCGCCGCCGCCGCAGCCCUCCGCCGUGUGGCCGCUGCGGGCCGUGCAGGUAUAGUUUACACAUGCGGGCCGGCGCGGGCGCGGGCGCGGGCGCGGGCGCUCGCCUGCUGGCGCCGCGCUGGCUGCCGCUGCGCGCGCCGCCGCCGCAGCCCUCCGCCGUGUGGCCGCUGCGGGCCGUGCAGUUUACACAUGCGGGCCGGCGCGGGCGCGGGCGCGGGCGCGGGCGCUCGCCUGCUGGCGCCGCGCUGGCUGCCGCUGCGCGCGCCGCCGCCGCAGCCCUCCGCCGUGUGGCCGCUGCGGGCCGUGCAGGUAUAGUUUACACAUGCGGGCCGGCGCGGGCGCGGGCGCUCGCCUGCUGGCGCCGCCGCCGCAGCCCUCCGCCGUGUGGCCGCUGCGGGCCGUGCAGGUAUAGUUUACACAUGCGGGCCGGCGCGGGCGCGGGCGCGGGCGCGGGCGCUCGCCUGCUGGCGCCGCGCUGGCUGCCGCUGCGCGCGCCGCCGCCGCAGCCCUCCGCCGUGUGGCCGCUGCGGGCCGUGCAGUUUACACAUGCGGGCCGGCGCGGGCGCGGGCGCGGGCGCGGGCGCUCGCCUGCUGGCGCCGCGCUGGCUGCCGCUGCGCGCGCCGCCGCCGCAGCCCUCCGCCGUGUGGCCGCUGCGGGCCGUGCAGGUAUAGUUUACACAUGCGGGCCGGCGCGGGCGCGGGCGCUCGCCUGCUGGCGCCGCCGCCGCAGCCCUCCGCCGUGUGGCCGCUGCGGGCCGUGCAGGUAUAGUUUACACAUGCGGGCCGGCGCGGGCGCGGGCGCGGGCGCGCGUCUGCUGGCGCCGCGCUGGCUGCCGCUGCGCGCGCCGCCGCCGCAGCCCUCCGCCGUGUGGCCGCUGCGGGCCGUGCAGGUGACUGCUGAGUGCGUGACGCUCUGUGUAAUCGACGACUGUCUAGACUCAGACGUGCCGUUACUGGAGGUCUCUUUAGCUGACCUUAACGUGGAACAGGAUCUGCGUAAGAUUGAAGAGUCAUUUGCGGAUCCCGUGCUGGUGUGUACUCCAUGCGCGAGCUCCGGGACUGCGGGCGCUAAGGGCGCGGGCGCCGGGCGGCUGGGCGGCGCGCUGAGCGUGCACUACUAUAACCGCAUGCUGUCCGGCUGGGAGCCCGCCAUCGAGCCCUGGAGAUUCGAGACAUCAUGGGAGUAUACGCUAACAAGCGGACUCGCGCUAGGCCGGUUGGCGGUGUCUGUUCGCUCAACGGAAGUGCUCAACACAAACAUCACGUCGUCGCUGGUGGAGCUGACGCAGCUGGUGCGCGCCAACUGGACCGCCGAUUACUACACGCAGCCAGUAUCCCUGGAUGCAUCGCCAAAAAGCAGCCCGGCGGGGCAUCGGCGGCGUUCACCGUUCGUGCCCUACGCUCUACGGAACCACACUGGACACAAAUUGUGGUUCACUACUCUACUAACUACUUGCGACGUACUGACGGAGACAACAGGCUGGAGCGGUCCCGACGACACUUGGGUGGCCGUGCGCGGCGGCGAUACUGAACCGUUCUCGUUCGGUGCUCGCAGAGGGCGCGGGGCGCGCGCCGGCCCCGCCGUGCUGCAUCAGCUAGCGUUCAGACUGGACGGCUGGGGCCCACCGGACCCUGUGUGCGUGGACCGAGUCGGGGUGUUCUUCCGGACACUCACUCAUACGAAAACGGGCGCAGAAGCCCGGCUCGUGCUGGAAGUGUCGCUAGAAGGCUCGGCGCGCAAGCUGGUGACGGUGCGCUCUGCACUCACGCUGCUGAACCGACUGACUGUACCCGUGGAUGUACGGCUUGAACCCGCUCCAGGUCAAUGGUCGGGUGGCAGCGGGCGCUGGACGACCGUAUCCGCCGGUGGUCUGUGGACCGCCCCCCUCUCCCCCCUGCCCGGGGGCGUGGCCGUGCGCCCCGCCCUGCGCGGCGCCUACCCCCCCGCGCCCGCGCACGUGGACUGGCGCGUGCACGAGCGCGCGCUGCUGCACAUGGAGUGCCGCGCGCCGCCGCUUGAUGUUUACAGAUUCUGCUGCGUGAUAGUCCGCGAGCGCUUCCCCCCGACCCGCGACCCGAACGCGGCCGGACACGCCUUAACCCUCGUAUCAGCUCUCCGACUGGAGAACCUUCUACCGUUUGAGCUUCAGUUCAGGUGUUCAGGGCUGGACGUGCAGAAUGUUGGUGGGGCGCUGCCGCCCGCCGUCACGCGACCCUUCCACGAGGUAAACGUAGAAGAGGGCGUAGAGCUGAGCGUGAAGAUAGAAGGCUUCGGUUGGUCGUCGACCCUGUCUGUGGGCGGCGCGGGAGCAAACUCCUUCACGGCGCGCCUCAAGCUUAAAGACUCCUGGGGCAGACGGUUAUAUCUCAAUGCAAGAGUCGCUGUCAAACCUACAGAUGGAAUCAAGAUUUCGAUCAGCGCAGCGUACUGGCUCGUAAACCGGACUGGGCUUCCCCUGGUGUUCCGCGCGGAGGGCGCGACGACGCCGGCGGCGGGGCAGGGCGACGAGCACGAGGUCGCGCGCAUGGUGGCGCCGCUGCUGUUCGCGUUCGCGGAGGCCGACGGGGGGCCGACGGUCACCGCUCGGCUCGGCACCGGCGUGGCGCUCAACCAGGAGUGGUGUUCCCCAUUCGGCCUGGGCCCCGGCACGGCGGUGAAGAAGCUCACGGCCGGCGACAAGGUGUACGCCGUCGGCGUCUCCGUGCGCGCCGGCCGCGGCCGCUACAGGCACACCAACAUAGCCACGCUCACACCGAGAUACCAGCUGCACAACAACACGCCCUACCAUCUGCAGUUCGCGCAGAAGUGUACCGCGACUACGUUGAAUGACCCUGGCGCUCGUGCGACGCACGUGUCGGCCGUGGCCGGCUGCUACCUGCCCUGGCACUGGGCGCGCUGGGAGCGCGCGCAGCUGCUGUGCGUGCGCGUGCUGGGCCCGGGCGGCGCGCCGCGCACCGCCUGGUCGGGCGGCCUGCGCGUCGACAGCACGCGCGCCGUGCACAUAGCCUGCAGAGAAAACAACGGUGGAGGUGGCUACGUGUUCCUACGAGUAGAAGUAGUAGCACAAGGCGCUACACUAUUCGUAGUACUCACCCACGCGGACAGCGCGCCGCCGCCUCUACGUGUCGAUAACCACUCGCCCGUUGCCAUCAUGUUCCACCAGGUGGGAUGCGGCGAAGAAUGCGUGGUGGGCGCUCACGGCUCCGUCCAAUGGGCUUUACCGGAGCCCGAGGGACAAUCCACCUUAGCGCUCCGAGCGCCGGGCGGCCCGCGGGCGACCUUACCCCUUGACGCACUCGGCACCAAUGUCAUCUUGGCGUAUCAGAACUUUAUAUACGUAGCUUUCGAUAAGAGUGGAUCCUCGAAUGAUGAUUCUAUUCUAGUCUUGGAAGUGCCGUUGAACUCUACGCGAGUGAUUCUUGCACGAAAACGAUAUGGUGACAGAGGCCAACUCUGGCGGCGCGGUCCCAACGACCAGCUGAUCCACGAAGGUAGCUCACCACCGCAACCGACAGAUGCGUUGCUUACAGAUGAACCUACCUUGUCGCCACACGCAAUGGUGCUGGACAUAGAGGGCCCGGCGCCGCGCCCGGGCCGCGCCGCGCCGCUCGUGCUGCGCCGCGCCGACCCGCGCCGCGCCUCCACGCAGGCGUGGCGCCUGCUCGCCGGCCGCAUGGCGUGCGCGCACGCCAACCUGUGCGUGCAGCCCGACGGCGGGCUUAUGGCGCUCACACAGGGGAGCCGAGUCGUGUUAGGUCUGCCGGACUCCUCCCGCGGGCGGGUGCCGCUGCCCCCGGAACAGGCGGUGGCGUGGCACACCCUGCGGCCCGGCUCGGGCCGGCUGUCCGUGUCGCUCUCGUGCGCCGGCCCCACGCGCAUCGUCAGCAUAAGGGACCCGCAGGACCCGGAAUCCAGUUGGAUCGAGGGCGUCGAAGCGGACUCUGAAGCUGACGAGCCGCCACGCCGCGAAUGGGAAGUGCAAGUGGCGCUAGCCGGUCUAUCAGUGUCGCUGAUAGCGCGCACACCGGCACAGGAGCUCGUGCACGCUUUACUGAGUGGCGUGUUGUUGCGUGUGGCCGCCGCGCGCGCCGCCGUGCUCGCGCUGUCCGUGCAGGACAUGCAGUGGGACAACCAGCUGCUCGGCACGCCCAGCCCCGUCCUGCUCUACUGCCUGCCCGGCACGCCCGGCACGCCCGGCACGCCCGGCUCGCCUGGCACGCCGGCCCUGCACGCGGCGGCUGAACUUAUGCAGGCGCCAGCACGUCGGUACAACGCGCUCUUCUUCAAGCAUCUAGUAGUCGCUUUGCGGCCGCUCGCCAUCCGACUAGAGGAGAGACUGAUCCUCAAGUUAUGGUCGUGGGCGGCGCCACCAGACGACGAGGCUCGCGAGGAGAUUGAUGAAGCCGACUACGAAACUCGACGUAUGCUCGAUGAAGUAACCGCGCUACACGCCAGGCGGUACUACUUCGCGCUCAUCAAGAUUAUACCGAGCCAGAUACGCCUAUCAAUGACAACGGCGAGCAAGCUGGAGCGCGAGCUCGGUGCCCUGAAACGCCGGCUCGGACUCACGAUGAUCAAGUUCGAGGAUGCGUGCGUGGAGCUCGAGCCGUUUGCGCGCGCGCAUGUGUUCGAGCCAGCGCCGUAUCUGGCGCGACAGAUGCUCAAGCAUUUUAAAGAUGAACUAAAAUGGCAAGCAGCAAAGAUCCUCGGCUCCGUGGACUUCCUGGGCAAUCCAUUGGGCUUCGUGGCCGAUGUCUCGGAGGGCGUGUCCGGACUUAUAUACGAGGGCAACGUCGGGGCUUUACUCAAGAAUGUGACCCACGGCAUCUCUAACUCGGCUGCGAAAGUCACUGAAUCCUUGGGCGAUGGUCUAGAGCGAGUAGUAGGCGAUGAAGCACACGAAGAGACGCGCCGCCGCAUCCGAAGUUCUGCGGCGGGUGCUCAUCUCUCUGCGGGCCUGCGUGGACUCGGACUCGGGAUACUCGGUGGCAUGACAUCUCUAGUGAAGCACAGCUACGAAGGCGCCGCAGCUGAGGGCCUGCCGGGACUACUGGCCGGCGUGGGCAAGGGGCUCGUGGGCACGGUCACCAAGCCGGUCAUCGGGGUGCUGGACCUCGCCGCCGAGACCGCCUCCGCGCUCAGGGACUCCGCGCGCCGCGCCGACAAGUGGGUGCCGGGCCGGGCUCGCGAGCCGCGCUGCGCGGCCGGGCCGGGCGGCCUGCUCCCUCGCUACGACGCGUCUCAAGCGGCCGGCGCGGCGCUCCUACACCGACUCACGACAGACCCGGCCGAGGGUUUCCUCGCUUACCGUGUCGUCCGCGACACGCCGCACGACAUACGCGCGUUACUGUCGACCACGCAUCUACGCAUAUUCACGUGCAAACACGCGCAGCCGCAGAUCGUCAUGGAGACGCACCUCAGCAAUCUUGUAUCGUGCGCGGCGGUAACCAUUGGCGGCGCACACUUCGUGGAGCUGGGCGUGCGCGGGGGCGGGGGCGGGGGCGGCGGUGGGGGUGGGGGUGGGGGCGGGAGUGUGGGCGAGGCGCUGCGGCGGCCGCGCGUGCAGUGCGACUCGGCGGCGCUGGGCGCGUGGCUGGCGCGGCACGCCGCCUACGCGCGGAGACUGCACACGGAGGCGAAGCACACCCUGCCGCCCGACCAACCCUGACUAAUCUAACGGAAUAACAGUAAAGCGACAUUAUAUUUUUUAUCAAAUAUUAACUCGGCAUGAUCGAAAUAUGACUGACCCUAUAUUUGUGAUGUUUUCAACCAAAAGGUAACACAUUGUCGAUUAGGUUAAUUUCUAAUUAAAGCUAUAUGAAAAUAGCGCCUUACUGACAAACGACAAUAAGUACCCUUUUGGUUGAAAAUGGCCCAAUUAUCGUACCACAAACUAAAGAAACUACCAACAUUACGACACUAAUGAUAAUAAUAUCCCCUUAUCAUUAAAUGAGGGGCUAACAAUUAAUUAUUAUCUAAAAUAUUGAAGUCCACACGCGCCCUUGCCGUUGCGACCACUUUCUGAACGGAAUUCAUUUAUCAAAAGGGGAUGCACUUUUGCAGUACACUAUACGAUGCGACUCGGCGGCGUUAGCGACCUGACCCAACGCGCCAGUUGCUCGCGGAGGCCGACCAUACGCUCCCGCCUGACUGACUAUAAACACAAACCGAAUAUAUAAUUAUCAAUAACUGUCAAAUUUUGCUAUUACACAUAUAAUCGCCUUGUUGAACUGUAAUAUAUAUAUUGAAACAGAACGUCAGUAUUGAUACUACUGCCAUCACAACUCACAGCUACACCGACACAUCACAAACCUAUUAGAUUAUAAUUAUAACCUAGGCUAAACUCAAUCUUAAUUAUAUAUAGCAAUAAAGACUAAAACCCUGUGGUACACGCAACUCACGAAUGCGAACCCAAUGCUCUGAACGAAUGCCGCUGUGGGAACGUUCUCCGAUAGCGCCUUAGACGUGUGCUGCAGUGGGCUUUGUUUGAACCGUAGAACCCAGUGUACUCGUAUAGUCAUGUUUCAUGUAAUACAAUAAACAUUUUCAAGAUAUGUAUCCAUACUAAUAUUAUAAAUGCGAAAGUCUGUCUGUCUGUCUGUGUGUUCCCUCUUCACGCUUAAACCGCUGAAUCGAUUUAGAUUAAAUUUGGCAUAAAUAUAGGUUGAGUCCCUGAGAAGGACAUAGGAUAGUUUUUAUCCCGAAAAUCAUCCCUUAAGAAAGUAAAAAGCGGGGUGGAAUUGAGAUAAUUAAUGAAGUGUCUGCUAAUUUGUGUGCAUAAUAUGCUCAAAUUGAAUAAUUGCUAUAAAACUUUCUCCAGGCGCUAUUCUUACUCUAGCUGGGGUUACUAAGUCCACGCAGACGAAGUCGCGGGCAAAAGCUAGUUUGGAUGUAAAGCGAGGUUUAGACUAGCAAGAACUUGCAUACAAUUUACGUUACAUUACUGAUAAAUUGAUAACUAAGGUAAACUGCAUACAAAAUGUUUAUCAGAUACCGCAAUGUAAUGAAAAUUACAUGCAAGUUCUUGCUAGUCUAAACCUCACUUAAGGAAUGUACUCGCAUGAAAUAAAUCGACGUUCAGUUUAAGACCGAGCUAUAGCAGAUGUCUAUGCGUAAGCGCAAAUGCCUGUUGUAAUAUAUGAAUUCUCAUAAAAAAAGUCACACCGCUUCUGUGACAUAUGCGUGCGGUGCGGUAUGGAGCCUGUUACGACGAUUCAUACAUUACAAUGCGCAUUCGUGCAAUUUUCCUUUAAAGAUGAGGGAAAUAACAAAAUAGUUUAUCGAAUGUAUUAAAAUAUCAAUCAAUUUUGUAAGCGACAUAGACGGGUAUGUUUAAAUGUGACGUUUUCAACCAAAAGGUACCACAUUGUCGGUUGUCGAUAAGGUUGAUUUCUAAGUAAAGCUAUAUGGAAAUAGCGCCUUACUGACAAGCGACAAUAAGUACCCUCUUGGUUGAAAACGGCACAAAUAAUAAACAAUAGACUACCAAGACAAAUAAUCUAAGCUAACUCUGCAAGCGCCAGUGUACAAGUGUUAAAUUCCUAUGAAAAUAUAGCGUUAUAGUGGCACUGUUACACUUUGUUGCCGCUAAGCCAGUGUAGAUUAUCGGAUGGACUUUAUAUCAGUGCAUAAUUUAGUCAAACAUUUAACAACUAAAAUAGAUGGCGCUGAACAGCGCUAUAGUUCGUAUGAUAACUGAAUUUUUCAAAUGCACAUGUCUUUUACCUCUCGCGUCGGAGAUGGUCCUUAUGACUGCUCGUUUUUAGGGUUCCGUACCCAAAGGGUAAAAACGGGACCCUGUUACUAAGACUCCGCUGUCCGUCUGUCUGUCACAAGGCUGUAUCUCAUGAACCGUGAUAUCUAGACAGUUGAAAUUUUCACAGAUGAUGUACUUCUGUUGCCGCAACAAAUACUAAAAAGAAAACGCUAGAUAGAAGGUCGAACCAUACUGUUCUACCUUAGUGAUGGCCAGGGGGCGCCUUAGCCUUCAGUAACAAGUGCACAUACUUGGAAAGUUUCGACCUAUGCCGCUAUGGCCCAGUGGCCGAAUGGCACAGGCACCUGCCGCGAUAGCAGAGGACGCUGGUUCGAUUCCUGCCUGGGGCACUGGAGGCCUUGGUCAUUUUUUCUUAGUAUUGGUCAUUUAUUUCAGUUUAUAAUUUAUAUAGUAGUGUUUCUACUUAAAAUAAAAACA